GCAGGCUGAGCGUACUUCACUGCAGUGCCCUACAGAAGGAGCAGCACUGCUUCAUCCUGCUCUCUCUGUCAGACUACUGCUGCUGCUCACUCGGCUGUAGAGCGCAGACACACACACACGCACACACACACACACACACACACAUACACACACACACACAUUCAGACAUUCAUACACUCUGGUCUUCCUGGGAUAGACACCAGCUACUCUCAUCCUCUCUCUGCAUGACUGUCACAAAGAUGUCAUGGCGCCCGACCUACCGAAGCUCCAAGUUUCGAAACGUCUAUGGCAAAGUUGCCAACAGGGAGCACUGCUUCGAAGGCAUCCCCAUCACCAAGAACGUCCAUGACAACCACUUCUGUGCCGUCAACAGCAAGUUCCUGGCCAUAGUGACCGAGAGCUCCGGAGGAGGGGCCUUCAUCAUUAUCCCAGUCACUCAGUCCGGCCGUAUCGACCCUCACCACCCAAAGGUCUGCGGUCACCAAGGCAACGUGCUGGAUAUCAAGUGGAACCCUUUCCACGAGAACAUCAUUGCUUCCUGCUCAGAAGACUCUUCUGUGCGGAUAUGGGAGAUUCCAGAUGGUGGCCUGAGGAGAAACAUGACUGAAGCCAUAUUGGAGCUGUAUGGUCACAGUAGACGAGUGGGUCUUAUAGAAUGGCACCCGACCAGCAGCGGCAUCCUGUUUAGCGCGGGAUAUGACUACAAGAUCCUGAUCUGGAACCUGGAGAUUGGUGAGCCGGUGAAGAUGAUCGACUGCCACACUGAUGUGAUCCUCUGCAUGUCCUUCAACACUGAUGGAAGCCUGUUGGCCACCAGCUGCAAGGACAAGAAGCUGCGGGUCAUCGAACCUCGUUCAGGUCUGGUGCUACAGGUGUGUGUGUUCUCUGAGCAGGAGGCAAGCUGCAAGAACCACAAAGUAAACCGUGUUGUGUUCCUGGGCAACAUAAAACGGCUCCUAACAACAGGGGUGUCCCGCUGGAACACACGACAGAUUGCACUCUGGGAUCAGGAGGAUCUGUCCAUGCCAAUAAUAGAGGAGGAGAUAGAUGGCCUCUCUGGGUUGCUCUUCCCUUUCUAUGAUGCAGACACACACAUGCUGUAUCUGGCAGGCAAGGGUGACGGUAACAUCCGCUACUAUGAAGUGACUACAGAGAAGCCUUACCUGCAGUACCUCAUGGAGUUUAGGUCUCCUGCACCUCAGAAAGGACUCGGUAUAAUGCCUAAACAUGGCUUGGAUGUGGCAUCUUGCGAAGUCUUUAGGUUCUAUAAGCUGGUGACACUGAAGGGGUUGAUCGAGCCCAUCUCCAUGAUCGUGCCUAGAAGGUCAGAGACGUAUCAGGAGGACAUCUACCCCAUGACUCCAGGAACAGAACCCGCUCUCUCUGCUGAUGAGUGGCUCAGUGGUAUUAAUCGAGGGCCAGUGUUAAUGUCUCUUAAGGAGGGCUACAGCAGACCCAGUAAGCUGGUGUUCAAGGCCCCAGUAAAGGAGAAGAAGAGUGUGGUGGUGAACGGGAUUGACCUGCUGGAAAAUGUGCCUCCCCGCACUGAGAAUGAGCUCUUGCGGAUGUUCUUCAGGCAGCAGGAUGAAUUGCGGCGGCUGAAAGACGAGCUAGCGCAGAAGGACAUUAAAAUACGACAACUGGAACUGGAGCUGAACAACCUGAGAAACAGUCCGAACAUCAACAACAGCAACAACAAUAACAAUAGUAGUGACAGCAGCAUGUGACCAGGGUCAAGUCCCUUGUAAAUUAACUCCCAGUACUGCUGAACAACUUCCUGGAUACCCCCUCUCUCUCUCUCUUAUAUCCCACACGACCAAGCGUUUGUCCCCACCAAGCAGUGUCUCACUCUGAUCCUAACUGUUGAUGCCUUUAAUGCUGUCAGACUCUACUGGGGUGUAAGUCGACCCCUUUAUCACUAAAACCUCUCACACCUUAUGGCCUGUGUUCACUGCUGCUUUCCCAGCAGUCUCGGUAUACCUAAGGCUCACAUUCACAAACAAACACAAAGAUUUGCAGAGGAAAAGUAGUUCAAAGGGACAAAACAUUCUUCAUGAUUUCUUUCCUGCUAUUUAACUCUAUUAAUUGUAUUUUACUCAUUUUUACACAUUCUCUCUCUCUCUCUCUCUCUCUCUCUCUCUCUCUCUUUCUUUCUUUCUCUUUCACUUUUAUCCACGUUUCUCCUCUGUUGUGAAUAUGUGAGCAGCCAGAUUUGCAGUAUUGGAUUGGAAUGGCUUUGAAAGUUUAUUUCCAUACAAGCCAUUAACUGUAUUAUUGUUUUUUUUUUUGUGUGUGUGUGUUUGUUUUCUUUAUAAUUGUAAUUAUUUAUUUUGUUAUAUAUACGUUUUCCCCAAUUAUUGCAUUGUUUUUGAAUAUUUCAGCUCAUCUCAUCUUUAACCAUGGAUGUAGAGACAGAGAUCAUUAGCUGGUCAACCAAAUAUGUCUUCUAGAAGUCAUUUUACUUGUCUUUUUUUUUUUUUUGUCUUAAAAUUUUAAAGAUUCAAUAAGUAUCAUUUAAUUGGGAAGGGAUUUUGAAUGAACGAUGCAGUUUGUAAUGUUUAAAUGAAUCGUAUCUCUGCAAUACAAUUGGACUUUUCUUCAUUUUAGACCUGUUCUUUAUUUUUUUUCUGGCCCAGAAUUAGGCUCCACCCCCAAACAGAACAGAGUUCCCCAGCUCUGCAACUUUCCCUAAGAAUUCAUUUAACCAUAGCUCACAACUGGUGCUGUGGUAAACUAUUAAUCACAUCUCACUUUGCAGGCUGCAGAGGGACUUAAAAAUUACAAACUGCUCCUUUAAUAUCCAAAGAGUGUAUUCGCUGAGAUAACCUCUCUUCUAUAGUGUCCAUGCUGCCAUUCUGAGGUUGCAACAAGCUUUUAAUCACAUUCUAGUGAAACACAAAACUGUACUUAUUGUAUCUUUACCCUAAUUAGAUUGCUCAGAGGAUCGGAUUUGAUCAACACAACACAAUACCAUCUAAUACCUAACACCAUACACAGCUAGAAUUCAAUCUAAUGUCAAAGUACUGGCACUAAUAUACCCAUCAGAAGUGUGUUCAUGUUCUGCUGCAAGUUUAAACUGUAAACGUUCAAGGGGAACUUUAUCUUUUUUUUUUAUCUAGAAAUGCGCAUCUAAUUUACCUUCAAAGCUAAAAGCUAAACAGUAAUUACGGCCCAAAUUAUCGACCUUAAAGAUCGACUAUAUCCACAUUUUCAGAUAAAGCACAGCUUACAGGUUUUUAAUGAAUAAAAGAUGUACCCUUGAAGGUUUCACUCCAGCAACAAGGAAAGACACCGUUUAGUACAAGAGUGUAAAGGAACGGAUCGAUGAUAGAGACGCAUGUAUUUAGGCGCUGUUUGAUGUGAAGAAAUGAGAAAAUAGUGAGUGAUUAGUAGGUAAGAAUGGCUAAAAUCUUAUAGUACAGGCAACGGUAUGUGAAAGUAAAUGUGUAACUUGUAGGGCAUUCAGCAUACCAGCUGGAGGUGUUCAUUGUGUGUAGAUGGUUAAUGUUUGUACUUUCUAACCAAUCUGUUUUAUUUUGAAAGGCUGAAGGACCCUGACCCUCUCAUAAUUGAACAAUUAACAUAAAUCACCCAGGAACAUAAGCAGUAUACCUAUAUACCCCUUUAUAUUAUCGUCAGAAUAGAUUUGGAGUUACACUGUUAUAGGAGGAGAGCAGACUGAUCCUAGAUUCACGUCAGCCUCUCCUUUGUCUCACUGAUAAAAAUACGAACAUAUUUUCUGAUCAUCAUGCCGCAUCAUCCGUGAUUUGUGUAUGUGUGAUUGAAAUGAGGCCUUAUUUCAUUCCGAAUCAGAUCCACACCCGCAGCUUUUAAACCCCUGGAGUGCUCCUAGACAGAAAGCAGGCUGAUGUUUGACUACAAACCAUGUAGGAAAGAUUUUUGCUGAAACUAUCGUCUCAUAAAAAUAAUCUCACCUCCUUUAAACUUGUGGCUUAUUCCUGCUUCAUGCAUAGUAAACAGGAGAGCAUGAAAACAUUUUCAUCCUGUCGAGUCUCAAGUCGCCCUUCUCCAAACACACCUGAUCCAGUGGGCCACCUCUUGAGAAAUGCAGUGCUGAACAACCCCAGAGGCAUGUAUUAUUAUUGUUUAUACCAACGUCCUGUUGAACUCGAAAUUGGAUAGGUCAGAAAGUAUGGGGUCAUUUUCUGGAACAGCAGCUGUAACAGCUGCAAAUCAUCAGUUUAUAUUAAUGUGCACACUAUGGUUUCUAUAGUAACAGCUAAAUGAAUGGAGACGUCAUAAUGCUCCAUAUAAUCUAAGCCAAAUAAUAAGGUUAAAAUCUAGAAUUUAACAAAAAUGAAUGUACAAUCCUUAAUAAGGUGAAGCUGUCUAUAAUAGGUUUAUCGAUGAAAGGAGUCUCCAAAGGCACUACCUUUUCUGCCGGUCUUCAGGAUUGAAAACCUGACAAUUUUUCCUGUCUCAUUAAUGUCACACGAACAAUAAAACAAAAUUAGCAAUAACAGAAGUGAGUGAAAUGUUUAUAUCUGCUAAAACAUAAGCGAUAGUAUGGCUUGUUUUGGGGAUGUUCCACCACAUUAAACAUAUAAAAUAAUAGAUGAAUAGUACCCCAUCAUUAAUAGUAACUGUUCUUUUGGUACAAACUUUAGCACAUGCUGUUAUUGGAAAAUAAUCAGCCUGGCGUUCGCCAUUGUUUUAUUCUUUACGUAACUGCCAUAGUAAUUUUACACAAAAGGCAGUUGAAGAUAACCAUUAAGUGUGUUGCUUAAUUAAUAGCAUUUCUAUUUGUUUCGAAUGAAAUGUGUAGUAUCCCUUUCAAGAGGGGGGUAUUUCAUACAAUAACACAGCCUUACUAAUCGUUAUAGUGAAUGGUUUUAGUUGUCACCAGUUUAAAAGAGUGUUUAUUAUGUUGCUGGAUGAAAAUUUCUCAUGUGUAACACCUCUUGGGGCCCCAUCUGCUCAGGGCCCUUGAAGUCAUCCAUGUGCAGUACCCAUUUUCUCCACUAGGUGACAUCAGCACGAGCCAGGCCAAUGUCGGACAGAGUCCGUCUGUCCCACGCCGCAGACAAAAUAACACCGGGGGGGGGGGACCUUGCCCUUCUGUGAUCUUUGACAUUUUAUCAUGCGAAUUGUCUAAAAAACCUCACAUUUAACUGCUUUAAAAAUAGAAAUGUCAUCGUGGAAUGAUCACCGUGACUUAACCUGAAUCGAUCCCCACCCCACCCUUUCAGAAACAAAUCCAAUUCAUCAACAAGAAGGCUGACUUCUUUCUCAAUCGUGUCUAAUUUUCUUCUCCAUUUUAAUAAUAAAAACAAAACAAAACCAAAAAAAAAAAGGGUAGAAUUUAGAGCCACCAAAUACACGUCAGAAUGCCUUUGCCUUAAAUAAAUUUCAGUAUCAUCUCGGAAUAUUUACAAAAUAUCCAGACUGAGGAAACAAAAUGAGAAAACAGCUCAGAAUUCCUUCGCUUUUAAAUAACCCCCAAAAAAGUAUCUCUGAAUAUUUACACAAAUAUCCAGACAAAAAGAACACACACACACACACACACACACA